UUCAUCAUCGAAGGUAACGUCAAUGCCAAUAAAGAACCUUUCCAAAGUGUAGCAAAAUUUCAAGAAUCCUUCAGUUUACUUAAUAAAAUUGUUGAAUGAUCGAAUAACUUUUGCGAUUUCACGAAGAACUAGUGCUGUGUGUUCUGAGCAGUAGCUGCUUUUUGGAGGAAAUCUGUUACGUUAAACGAACCGGCAACAAAAAUGUAAACAGCCUCAAAAUUCGCAAAAGCAACGAGUAACAAGUGCAAAAAAGUGAUGUCAGACUUUUCUCGUUCAUAAGUUGACGGGUGUCUUACAGACACUAUUCGCUUAUCAAAUCCAAUAAAGGUUUAUUGAGAUUGGUCUAACAAAAAAUAAAUUCGUAUGGUCCGCAUGCAGUCUGCUGUUGGUUGUUGAUUUCGGAGGAUGGCCGAAGCGAUUAUUUCCGACUGGAUUUCGGACUACGAAUCACUGCAGGAGUCCGAGCUGCGAACGUUUGCCGCACAGCAUGAAACCGAUUACGAAGUAUCCAAAGCUUUGUAUACAGUCCUGAACGAACGUGCCAAAUAUAAGGAUCUCAUCUACCCGAUCUGCAAUCAGCUAUGCAAUAUCUAUCGUUCGAGUGAGAUUGAACUGCGGCGGUUUACGUUGCAAUUUGUGCCGAUACUUAUAUAUCUAUAUUUGAACUCGGUAGCCCAAGGUGAUAAACGGGGUUGCCGGCCGAUUGAAACAUUGCUGAUUUGCAUAUACAACAUAGAGGUCAGCUCUGAGGAUGGUAGCCCCAAAGCCGUUUCCUUCCGAAUGCCCGUGCUAGCGCAUGCAUCGAUUUAUCACGAGGAGAAAAGUCUCCAUCCCAUCGACCUGCGGCGUUGGGAGGAGAACAGCAAUAAAGAGGUUAGCUGGGGACCGCUACCCUCGAUAGAAUCGAUUAAUGCACAGAACCGCCUAAAGGUGAUGACCGCCAUUCUGUUCACCUACAACCAGCAGCUGAACCAAAUUCGCAAACCAGCUCUUUAUCACCUCUGCAAGACUACCUCGCAGUUGGUGAACCAAGGUUUCUCGAAACUGGGCCACGCUCAUCGGGCGUCGUACGGUACAGAUCCGACGUCACCCCAGCAGGGUAGUGCGACCACAUCACCUUCCCAGUUACAAAACUCAGUCUCGUUAUCCACCGCGAGUAGACCAAAUCCGAGAAUAGCCGUUAGUUCGCAGUUUUUGGUAGAGCUCGCACAUGCCAACUAUUUUGCCAUGUUCAACGAAUUUGCCUCGGCUGCUAUCGAGGCCGUGAAUGAUUUGCAUAAUCGGGCUUGCUACGAGAUGCUGUCCGAAGUGAUACUGGUCACGAAUGCGAUACGGAAUUCCUUACAUGCUAAUCCUUCCGGUCAACCCAGUGACGGUCCAAUGGGCAUCAGCGUAGCAUUGACGCCGGCGACAGCAACAGUGACAGUAUCCAAAUCCAUGAUUACCAAUGCAUCGUUCCGAACGAAAAAGUUACCAGACGAUCUGGAAGUAGAAUUUGUCAAUAGUCUUCAGACGACGCAGCAAGAGAUGAUGUCUAAACUGGCGACGAUCGAGGCGAUGGAAAACGGUGCAGCUGUAGGGUGCAAUGGUGGGUCAACGAAUUCCGGCAACGAAGGCAACUCCGGCACAAAGGUGGAAGCGAAAAAGAAGGAAUCUCGUAAAUGGAAAAAUUGGAGCUGGAAAACCAAUGCCGCCUGCACGACUCCGAAACAGGCCAGUAUUGAAGAGGAGGGCGAAUCGCCGAAGAAAUCAGCAUCCUCGAAACAUUCGAGCCCAGCUGAAUCACCGAAGCAUAAACUGUUGGGAAUAGUGCCAGUAGAGGAACAGGUUCCUGUGAACAUAUCACCGGCAUCGCUGCGAAGGAAAAAAUUUCUUACUUCCCGGAAUCAAUCUCCAGUUAAUAGAUCUGAAGUACGGGCCAGCGCCGGUGCUCGAUUGUAUGAAGAAUUGGAUAGCUUACAGGAUUCGGACGAAGAGCUACAGGCACUAAUUGUAAACGGUAGACCUGCUACCAUUCAUUUAGUGCAACCUUCUACCAUACCUGACGAUAUUCCCAUCCAGGGCCCAAAAGAGGAAAAUGGACAACUCAGUAGUAUUAACGAGGAAAGUGAAAGUGGUGAUGGCCCGAAAACAACUACCGGCACCGGUGCUGGGCCUGGCGGAGGCGGCAAGGUUAAGGAUUCCAAAACCCACAAGGUUCUGGUUGGUUUUAUGAAGCUGAAAGAUAAGGAUAAGGAGAAAGAUGACGGCAGUGGUGUCGGCUCGGGUGGUAGCAGUAACAAGCAGAGUGGGGUGGGCGUAAAGAAGACUGUCGGUUCGAAGGAGAAGCUUGGUGGUAAGCAAUCGCUUCAGUUGCAAACCGGCAGUGCCGAAUUGAUGGAGCUCGACAAAACCAGCCCGCUGACGGUGACGAAACGAAAGAGUAGUAGUAUCGAUAUUAGCAGUGUACCGGCCAGUAUGCAGUCCGCUCCGGUGCUCUCCAACGGUGGUGUUCUGAUGGGUGGGGCCCCCGCCGGUGACGAUAGGGGGCUGGACAAUUUGAAUGUGACCGAACGGAACGGGGCCGGCAAUUCGCUGGAUGCGGGUGAAUCCUUUGAUUCGGGCAAUGAAGUGAUGAUUAAUAACAACUCGGAGAAAACGGUGCUGGAUGUAAAGACGCAUAGCAGUAUACAAGUUAGUCAAGUUUAAGAUUUAUUUGGAGUGGUAUAACUUCCUGAGUUACGUAUAUGUGUAUAGUUGUUUUAUUUGGCAAUAUUUUGAUUUAGACUUAAGUUCUUUGCUAUGGUUUUCGAUAAAAACUAGCUUUUGUUACAGUUUUAGUUAUGUUUUAAGUGAUUGAGUUCCCUGAAGAAUCAUGUAAUGGACAUCGAACGAUCAUCGCGACUUUUCAGGUCGCAUUUGCGGUCAUGAUUCAUUUUUCAAAAAUGGCGAUUUCACUAAACUUAACUUUACGGUGUCUGUUACGUUAUUAUUUGGAGGUUUGCGAUGUAUCAUAUUGCUAGUAACUCUUAUAAUUGGAUUAUUUUUGGUAUUGUUUGAAUCAUAAGACUUUCUUGCUUGAUAUUACAUACCUCAAUUGACGUUAAUUCUACUAACUAUAAUGCUUCUCCAUCAUCUCAACUCCUGCUCAUAAUAUCCGAAAAAUCCGGAAAUUUCUGCUCACAAUUCAAUUACGACGAAAAGAUAAAUGUUACCCACAACUCCACUUGUCUUCCACUACUCAUUUGCGGUGUGCAUCAAUCGUUCGAGUAAAAUCACUCAUUUUUCCGGCGAAAAAUAUAGCUUUUUCUACGGCAAAAUUAGCGAAUUUUGGCACUUUUCCAGACCAUCCAUUCAUUAUGUAUACUCGCAGAAUAAUUAACUAGUCCGACGUUGUUGGUUAUUCCCUAUUAAAAUAGUAUUAUGAUCUUCAUAGGUAGUAAGCCAUAAAAAAGUCUCAUUAACGUGUUUUUAUGAACUUGAUAGUUUUUUUCAAGCAAUAAAUUAAAAAAAAGCAAUCAAUGUUAUGGUAGGAUAACGGUUUCCCCAUUCAUCUCAGCAGCAGUAGGCUUCUCAUUUACGAAAACCAUUAGUUAGAGUGAGAUCUACUAUCUUUGGUCGAUAGAUUGACUGAAGAUGAUACUUAAACUGCAGUAUUGCAUAAUUUUCGAACUAACAUAUUUUCUCUGUGGUAUUGUUCCUUCUUCGAGCCGAAGCAAAGAUAUUGCAUCCGAUUUUAUCACAAUUCGUUGAUUGGAAGUCGAGUAACAUGGUGACUCUACUAAUGAGAUGACUAUUGGUACAAAAUGACCUACAUGUUGUCUUUACUGGAAUUCAUUGAGUGAAGUUAAGGAAAAAAAAAUUUCAUAAUUUAUUGUUCGGGAUCAAUCCGAGUAAAGCUUUGAAGGUUGUCAAAGUCAAACCUAUUCACCUAUUCAUGAAUUCAUAAUUAUUCAAAUUAUGUUUUCAUUACUUCAGAUCUAGAUGUUUGAGGGUCCUUGUUUGCUAUAAUAACAAAAAAACUACAAAAUAUUACAUUAAAUACAAAAUAUAAAUAUUAAAUACUUUUUUGCCAUUUACAGGAAAAUCGUUGCUAAUUGAAUUAUCUAUUUCAGUAUUUUGGCGAAAAAAAUAGUUGAUUUUCUGAUUUUAGUUAUUUUUGAGACAACUGAAAAAGUCUUUCUUUUGCUAAUUUAGAUUUUUUAAUUCUCAUUCCUUGACAUGAUUAAAUAUUUGUUGAAAUUGCUAUUUUUUUUAGUUGAAUUUACCAAUUAAACGUGCUGUCAUGUCUUAGCAAAGGCACACUCCGUUUACAUUCAAUAAAUUUUUUAGUUGAAUAAGAAAAAAAAAGUUUUUUUCAACCAACAUGAACGGUUGAAUUGGAUUCUGCAAUCUGCACUGUCACCGAAAAAACGUUACGAAACAUAAACUUCUUUUUCAUAAAAUUUUUCUUUUAAAUCACUGUUUUCUUCAUUCGACUUCGCGAAGUCGACUCUCUCACUGCGAAAACUUUGAGCACUCGGAAAGCAAAACCCGAAUACGAGUAGUACUACGGACGGCGUAGCCCGUGCGAAACAUACCAUGAAAUAACAAGAAGCCACUGAGAAGAAGAGCAACCGCCUAGUACGAGAAUUCUACACAAGCUGUGAAGGAUCUUAUUUUCUUGAUCCAAAACUAUGUUUUGAAUGAAUAUAAACCUACCUUUCUUUUUGUUUCGAUUUAGCCUUCAGCUGAAAAAAGCUACAACUAAUUGCAAUAUUGUUUGGAAGAUACAAUGAACUCCGUUUGACAUGUACAAUUAGAGUACAACAUUCGAAACUCACUUCACUGUUCCACGUAAAAUCAUUGCACAGUGGUCCGAAACGGGAUAUUAGCGUGACAAAAAUAUUUUCACUAUUAAAUAUUAGUUUUUUGUAGUUGGUGUCUUCACAAAAGUUGUUUGUAAUCAAAUGGCGCUCCUUUUGAUGAAAAAUGUUACUAGGGUGGUCCUCAUUUAGAUUGAAAUCUGAAAUCUAACUUUCUUAAUUGAACUCACAAAUAAUUUUGUUGUACAAUAAAGUUGUAGGAAAUUUUAUUUUGAGCGACUUUGCUGAAAAAAGCAUUUCUCUAGCUUUUCGUUUGAUCGAGUUACAUCAAUUUUCCCGAAUAAAAGUAGGGUGGCUCCUGAAAAUUCACUUUUUUGUUCUAACUUUUUUUGAAACGUUCUACGGAAAAGUUGUCUUAAGAAGAGUUGUUGUACUAACCAUUGCGCAUAAUUUUGCUCAACUAAGCUUCUUCAUAUGAGCUACCAGUAAAAAGUUAUGAUUAUUUUUUCAUCAAAAACUAGUCAAGCUUCAAAUAUCAAUAUUCAUUAGAUGCCAGAUUGAUAAAAAUGUAUCCUAUGCGGUUCCUCAAAGGUCAUAAUAUAAGUAAAAAUUUAGGAGAAGAUUGGAAGGGUAUUAUUUUUUUAACUUAUUUAAAUUAGUAAAAAUACCUUCAAAAAACUCAAAAACAGUGCAUAACUCUUAAACGCCUUAACAUAUUAACAUACUUCCAUCGGCAAAAUGAUAGUAUCAAAUUAGUUCUACAAGUGUUCCAUACAUUGUUCAUUCGAGAAAUGAGACACACAAAAACGACAGCCGAAAAUAGAUUUGUUGUAAGUCCAAGCACUUCCUGAAGCCCAAAAAAAUCAUUAGUUUGUUAAAAUGAGUAGAAUGUAUUUAUUCGAACCAAAACUCAUUGUGCGCCGUUUUCCAGUUUUUACAGGCUAUUCGGUACACAGGUGGAUAAAAAAGAAGGGCCAGUGUCAUAGGCGUCUCGGCACGAUGUGGAUAAAAACAUUUGCAUUUUACUAACUUGCACCAACUUGUUGGAAUGGUUGUCGAGAUUAAAUUUCUGUUCAUAGAUUUAUCAUGGCCAACUAGUUCGAAAUAGUACAACAACUCUUCUGAAGACAACUUUUCCGUAGAACGUUUCACAAAAAAGUUAGAACAAAAAAAGUGAAUUUUCAGGAGCCACCCUACUUUUAUUCGGGAAAAUCAAUGUAACUCGAUAAAAUGAAAAACUAGAGAGGUGCUUUUUCAGCAAAGUUGCUCAAAAUAAAAUUUCCUACAACUUUAUUGUACAACAAAAUCAUUUUUGAGUUCAAUAAAAAAAGUUAAAUUUCAGAAUUCAAUCUAAAUGAGGACCACCCUAGUAACAUUUUUCAUCAAAAGGAGCGCUAUUUGAUUACAAACAACUUUUGUGAAGACACAAACUACAAAAAACUAAUAUUUAAUAGUGAAAAUAUUUUUUGUCACGCUAAUUUCCCGUUUCGGACCAUAAUGCAUUGUUACGCACAAUCGCAUCAAAUGCACAAAAAUUCUGACAAAUUCUUUCCACUAAGAGUUUACUGCAUUUGUACAUAUUGGUUUAGAAAUUUAAAUAUGGAUAUAUCGUAACACAUGCGGAAAACAUCAAAACAAUUUGUAAACAGUUUCAACAAGACUUUUUUGCAAGCAGUUUUUAAUGGGUUGUUUUGCUUUGACACUUUUCAUGAGUUUUUUGGCUAAUAAACUUGUUAAUAAAAUCAAAUUCAUUUUUGUUUUCUUUCGUGCUGUCUUCCAGCAGUAAUGGUGACAAAUAGAUAGUCAGUGUCAAAUUUUCUGAUUUUGAUCACAAAAUUAGUUGCUAAUGAGAAUUUCGUGUUGGAUUAAUAUUUUACUGGUUUCUGUGGCCAACUGAACACAUUCUCUAAAAAACAAGAGUUUUUUUUUUCAGCAAAGUAAAUUCUGAUUUUCAACUAAUUUAAUUGUUAUUUUGGUAAUUUUGUUGUUAAAAUCAACUAAUUCAAAACCAGUAACACGGGCAGAGCUAAUUUCGGUCGUUCCGUGGUGGAAACCGGGGACUAGUAGCCCCCCAACCCUUGUUAGUCUGCCAAAGUAAAUUCAUCUAACUUGUAAAUUUUAUACAAAUUUGCAUUUCGUUUCUCCAUCACUUGUGUAAAAACGCUCAUGAAAUUGAAAAUUUUCCACUUAUCGCGCUGUAAUACCGGAACCGGAAGUAGGAUCUGGAUCGACUUUUCGGGGACUUUUUAAAGAAGGUGAAGUCCAUUCAUUUGCAUCUUAGUUUGUGCAAAUCGGUGAAGAAAUUUCAAUUAUAAAUCAAAUAUACGGUUUUAUAUACAAUAUUGUUUGCCAUUGAAAGAAUUGAUAUGUACUGUUAGCAGGGCAACAGAAAAUAUUUACGAUAAAAUUUUAUGUUUGUUUGUACAUUUGUUUACAUUUUCGACUCCUAAACAAAACAAACGUCCGUUGUCGCAUGAAUCAUUUUUGUAUGUAGAAAUUCAUAUUUUGACAUCAGUUUUCGAUAUAUUGUAGAAAAAUUACAUUUUUAUGCAUUUCACUGAUUAUAUUGAAGAAAAUCCUAGUUUCUGUGAAACGCUCGCACUUUGGACUUGACAUUGUUCAUUAAAUUCUGCACAGUUACUUUUGUGACUUUCCUGGUGGCAGCUGUCCAGUUUGUUUUAACUCCUGCAUGUUUUGGGACACAGUACCUUCCUUCCGAAAGUGCCGCUUGACAAUUGCCCAGUACCUUUCAAUUGGCUGAAGAUUCGGGCAGUUCGGUUGGUUGAUGUCCUUUUUUUGUACAUUAUUUUUUGAUAACCACUGUAGAACGGAGUUGGCGUAGUGGGCUGAAGCCAAAUCCGGCCAGAAGAGAGGAGGAGCCUUAUGCUUUCUGUACAGUGGCAGCAUUCUCUUCUUCAAACAUUCUUCCUCGUACACCUUGGCGUUAAUUGUGCCUUUCGUGAAGAAAAUCGACGACCGCUAACCACACGUACAAAUUGCUUGCCAGACCAACACCUUCUGCUCAAACUUUUCCAUCGCCACCGUGGUGUCAGCGUCGUCCAGGUCCUGGUACACCGAUUUCGUAUAAUAUUGAGGUCCGGGCAUCGCUCGAGAGUCUUGCUUGACGUAGGUUUCGUCGUCGAUCAGGAUGCAUCCGUCUUUAUUCUCCAGAAUCCGGUUAUACAGUUUUCGCACUCUUGUUUUGGCCUGAACUUGCUGUACCAGGAACUUUUUCGACACCUUCUGUUUCUUGUACAUUUUCAGGGAGUUCCGAACUUUGAUCCGUUGAAUCAUCCCGAUGCUGGUGUUGAACUGCUUGGCCAAAUCCCGCGUCGACGCCGAUGGGUUUUUCCUGAUGUACUCAACCACUUUUAAGUCCCGGCCGGGUUGGCUGGGACCCGUUUUUCUACCGGAUCGGGGCAAAUCCUUCAUGAAAAGGUUCUUACCGAACUUCUCGAUAAUAUAUUUGACACUGGUGUGGUGCACUUUCACCCGUUUUGCAAUUUCGUUGUACGUGACACCACUUUCUGAGGACCAAGUGUGCAGAAUUUUCUUUCGCGUUUCCGGAUCAAUUCGACUCAUCGUUGAAACGAUGAACCGUACCGAAACCAAUCGAUUGCGCAGCUGUUAUUGACAUGUAAACAAACAUGUCACCGCAAAACACGCUGCAAAAAAUUAAACCAUUUCAGAGGAAUAACUGUUUGAAUGUUGCUAACUCCUUAUCGAUACACUCCUUAAUUCAGAUUAAUCUGUACACCUGGAAUCUCUCCUUUUACCGUGCACUUUCUAUUGCUCCGUAAUCUACUCCUGAUCAACAAUGUCAGAUCUACGGGAAUCUCUGUAGAUCUAAAGUUUAUACGGACUUACGGACCCGCAGACAAAUUUUUUUUAUGCGGAAAUUUGAAUUUAUCGACGGAAAAUAACGGAAAUCAGUUUUGUCUGGCGUUGAAAAAAAAAUAUUUCCAUCGCGAGCGCUUCCGAGAAAAAUGUUAAUCCUCGGAAAAAUGACACUAGAAGUAUCUCGCUCACGGUGGGCAUAGAGAGUCAACAGACACUGCUGUUAUUUAGUGAACAGAUAAUGUCUGUGAUUUGCGCAAAGUAAAUCGAAAAGCCGCAGUAUGUCGAAUAGCAUAAUGUUUUAAUUUAGUAUUUAUUUUGAAAUGUAAAUAUUAUUAGUCUGUAGUCAUGUGACAUGUCGACUAAUUUCUCGGUAAUUUUAAAACUGCAAAUUGAAGGAAAUAACCAAAUUCAUGACUGAACAUAUAUAAAAAGUAUAAUAUUUUGUAUUAUCAAAAGCAGAUAAAAAUAUUUGGGAUUAAAAAUGAAAAAUUUAUUUUCCGCCUAAAACUGCCAAAACAUUUAAAAAAUUUUUAAUUAAAUAUUUUUUUUUGGCCCUGAUUAUUAGUAGUUGUAGUAAUUAAACUACCCUGCAUAGGAAAACACACGAAGAGAAAGUCCAAUUGAUUAGACGAAACUAAGCAUGCUUCGCUGUACCUAGUCACCACGGUAUUCAUUUACAGUCCCGUUUUGAAAGAAACAAAUUCAACAACAAACAAACAAAUUGCGACGAAAUAGUCAAGAUUUUUUAUUAUAGUGCAGUUAAAUGGAAAUAAUUCUCUUUAUUAGCGAUUUCCACGAGAUUGUUUCAGAGAUAUCAUUAUUAAAUUCAAUUUUGGAAGAAUUACCAAAAACAUGAAACGGCUUAGUAGCUUUACAGAUUUAGAACAUGGUAUAUUCGGACAUUUCGCAUGAUGAGUGCUUCCGUGCUUGCUUCUAUAUUCCCAUAACGUAUCAAACGAUCCUGUAUUCACGAUACCCAGAAAAACAGGCAGUUGUUACAUUCUUCACCCAUUUGUUGAGCUAGUGCUAAAAGUAUCGCCUGAUAUCUAAAACAACCGUUUACUGAUGACCGGCUGGUUUGUUUUAGAACGUGCUUGUGUAAACUGGUAUAGAAUAGAAACAAAUGCAAAGCAAACUACUUAUCUACUAACAUUUUCUCGUUACUAGCUUUGGCAGAUUUGAGCUCACACAGUCGUAACGAAUGGAACGUUUCGGAGCCUAUCAUUUCACGGUCUUGUGUCAUCGGACGAGUUCUUGCUAGCAAACGUUGGUUUUGUAUUGAAUCUCUGGUGAGCAAAGGGAAACUAUCAAGGCAAAUAAUCUCACGGUGUGACAAUGAAUCAGCGAAUUUUAUUUCCCGUCGCGUAUCUUUAAACCUAUCAUUUAUUUGUCGUAGCUUGGUUGACAGACUCUAUGCACAAGGGAAGCGUAUGAGUAGAGGUUACUUCCCUUCCACUGUCUAGCCCUAUCCUUUCGGUUGAUAUGCUCAAUUGAGGUACUCGAGCUGAAUGUACUGUUUUUAAUUGUAACGAAGCAAUACAGAUCUAAUAAGUUUAAUAAGAGAGAAAAUCCAGUUGCCAACCAUGGGUAAAUGAACCUAACUAUUGGAGGAAUGCAGAUUAGAGGUCCUAAUUAGUUAAGAAACAAAAAGUAACAUUCUUUCCAAUCCAUCUUUUCAGAGCUAUUAUAAAUGAAUUCUUAAAGAUGAAUAAAAACAAUCGGAUCAUUGAAACGAAACAGCAAGAAAACAUCAAAUUCAAUUUGUUAUAUUAAUUGUAAAAUUCGAAACAGUUGUGAAUGUUUAGAAUUGUAUGGUGCAUCCACUUGUAGGAAGAGACUAAAUUACUCAGUCAGCUAAGACAUAAACAAAAACUUCACUGUUGAAAAGUUAUUAUCCAUGAAUGUGACUGUUACUUGCAUAACAUAUUCAUAUUAAAGAAAACCAAAAUAAAACAACAAGCAACGCAAAAACAAACACAAACAUCCUUACAGUGCAUAUACACACUUAUACAAAAUAGAUAUAGAACUAUAGAAAUCAGAUUUGCUAGGUCAGUAACUGGAAGCAUUCAUUGUAAAUCAUUAUAACGUCAUUCGAUCAAUAUUAUAGACAUCUCUAAUGAAACGUAAUACGUGUAAGUUUGACUGUAAUAUUUUACUUUCGGUGUAAAUACUUAAGAUAAUCUAAAAUGAAACAAAAAUGCAAAAAAACAAUAGUUACGAAGAAAGGUGAUGGCAAUGAUGAGCGCAGUGUUUUGAUUGAAUGAAGUAUGAUGGAACGAUAUUACUUUGGCGUUGUAGGAACGUCUCAUCUAUACGCAACCAUGCUGAUUCACCUGUCGAAACCUGGUAGACUAUAGAUAUGAGGUGAACGCGAAAUAGCAAACAAAUAUUAGCGAAAUCAAGAAGAACUCACAUAGGAAACGAAUGAAAGAUGCUAUUAUGUUUCGCAAAAGCAGAAAUAAAUUGUAUAGUUAUGUGAACAAUAUUGAAAAGAUAAAGAAUAUAUCAUGGUUACAGAAAAUAAA